AUGAACUUUUCCGAUUUCUUGAAGGCGUGUAGUUCCGCUGGUAAGGUAACUUCACCAACUCUAAACUCUUCCGCGAAGUUCGACACUUCUUUUUCCCUAUAUUUACGUAAAGGCUGGAAGCGGCAAAAGAUAUCGCCUCGAAGGUCUGCAAAGUCAACGAAGAGAACGAGUUCAAGACCUUGAUGAACUACCUGCAUGACCUAAGGUGCUUAAUCCAUUUUGAUCACACUGACGAGCUGAAAAAAAUCAUAAUAUUAAAUCCCCAGUGGCUAAUUGACGUUUUUAAAAAGGUGAUCACUGUCAAGCCAUAUGAUGCUAAUGAAGAGAAAUUCUUGGAUUCAUGGCUUAAGCUUGAGAGCAAAGGAAUUUUGGAUGAAGAUCUCCUAGCACAUGUUUGGGGUCCUUUGUUUAACGACAAAGAAACGUGUGCCCCUCUCAUUGAAAUCAUGGAGAAAUUUUGCCUGUUGUGCUCCUGGCCAUUUGAUACAACAAGCAACAAGAGCUACUUAGUCCCUUCAAUGUUAAAGUCGCCCCCACCGAAGAGGAUUACUGAGUUGGCUGCCUCUGCAAAGUUUCCUCCUUUGUUUAUCAAAUUCAAGAGUGGUUUAGUCCCUGCAGGGCUUUUCCCGCGGCUAGUACUGCAGUUAUUUCAGUGGGGCAAAGACAAAUUGUGGAGAGAUGACAACCCUCAUUUGUUCAAUGGCUUUGCCAGGUUUUUCACCACUGAAGAUGACUACUCCGUUAUUUUGAUUUGCAACUCGUCAACAGUCGAGAUUGUAAUGCACAGAGGAAGUCACAAGCUAGAAUUGUCUGAGGAUGCGUCAUCAAAGAUGUCACCAUCUCUACAUUGUCAACAAGACACCACUGGGAUUAACUGUUGUUAUGCUGUGAAAAAGCAAUUGGGUCUGAUGUUUGAAUGCAUGCGUAACGAGUUUUGUUGGUUAAAAAAUAUGAAAUAUGAAAUGAGUGUUUUAUGUCCAGUUUGCUGCAAGAGAAGAUCGGUUGCCUACUGUCGAACACAUCAGAAAGAAGGUUGCGAAGAAGAGCAAUGCCUGCACUUCCUGUCCCUUACCGAGUUGUACCGUUCCAAGCAAGGCGUCUUUUGUACCAGAUCUGCGUUAGCUAACAAUACCAGAGUUCUGGUCAUGCAGUUUGUACCUUGGCUUCCCUUUAAAGAACAACUGGUAAGAUGUUAAGAUAUUAUUACGUUGAAAAUGUCAACUGAUGAAUUAAGAAUAUUGGAACACCCUAAGGACUAAGGUACCCAUAGCAGCUUCCAACCCAUCCACCCCGCUUGGGGCGGAACGUGACCUCUCUCUGACUUAGACCAUGCAUUUUUAACAUGGCAACCAACCAGUUCAAUUUUUUUUACUGAAAGCAAAGCUUCAACGUCUUGAAUGGAGUUUAUAACGUUAGAUAAUUAAUAUUAGACUUCAGUAGUGAUUGCACAUAAUGCAUUCAAGAUGGCGAAUCCAAAAACAGGCGGCCAUUUGGUGCAAUCUCAAAGUCACUGCUUUACGUGAACAGCCUCGGCGAAGUUAUUGACAAACAUUUUGUAUUGCAACCCAUGAAGGUUUCAUUAUUAAGGAAACGGAAGAUCAAAGUGUUAAAUACACCUUGACCCAAGGCCGGUUUCAUUAAGUAUUGUUCGUUCACUUCUCAACUCUCAAAUCUGUUUUCUCACAGCUCGAAGCUGGAAAACCCGAUGAAAGGCUUUUUGCGGGUAAUGAAGGUAGGCCUAAGCAAGUAGCUGUUGAUGAAAACAAAAGGAAUGAAUAUCCUUUAAGGCACAUGUUAAGCGUUUUAUCCAGAAAAAAUGAUAUGUUUCGUAAGAUGGGCAUGAGCAAUAUAGGUUUUCCAAAUAGAUAAUCUCAUCGUCCUUAACAUUGCUGAAUAUGAUACACGUUUCACUAGACUGACUGACAUCUCACGUUGCUUUAUCCCUGAAAAUCGCACUGAAAAAUAGAUAGGAGAUGUCUUUACGUCACGUUACCAUGGUAGCAAAAUUUCUGGUUCUCAGCAAACAGUGGUCCUACAAAUCCCGGGCUGCAAAUAUGGCAGAAAAGACGAAAAAAUUGACAUGGAAGACUUUCCUGUGCAUGGUUGCUCUCAGGAACUAAACAGUAGCCCAUACUAUUCUUCUUCGUCUUAACUGCACAAGAGUAGAAAAAUUAAGUUCACACUGAAUUUUCGUUCUUGCACUUCUUUUUGGUAAAAUUAGUAUGACAUUGUCUAGUCUGUUGAUUACAAGUUAAAAAAAAAAUUAAACUUAUCAUACAACCAUCAGCCCAUUAGUCCUUAAAUUAUACUACUUUUCAGAGGAUUAACGUCUACUCUAGUCGACUUUAGGUCCCAGAGUAGGCCUUCCUAGCUUUGUUUUUGUUUUUUCCUUCGAUGAGUUAGAGCCCCAAACCUUAUUUUAUGGUCUCCAAAUACUCUGUAGUGUUAAUUAUAAGUGAUUAACUCUGUUACAUGACGGUUAUCAACAAUUUAUUGUUUUGGCCCGAAAAAAGUACACAUUGAGGUUAAACUCUAACUCUACCUAGCUUUCAUCAUCCAAUCCACUGAAAACAUAAGGUGUUUAGCCUACCGAUGGUCCCACGACUUGAAAGACCGUCAUUUUAAUUUCUUGCUCUUGUCAUUGUGGGUGCUUAAUACACGCAAAAAUAGAUCCCGGGAGCACAGAGUCACCCAGCUUUGAUCCUACGCCUGGGCUAUAGGGUACGACAAUUAAAACACCAUUUUUGUUCCCUAGAACAUGUAGAAAAGGCGAUAGCCAUCCCUGAUGAAGUCUCGACAGCCCUUACGUCCGGAUCUUGUGAUUCGGAGCAAGUUAUUUGUCAGUUAAAAGAAAGUUUCCAGUUGGACCAAUCCUCUCUUGAAAAGCCAGAUUGCCAAACUAAACAACUUAUUCGCUGUUUCGCAAGGAAAGCUGAGGUUUCAAAUAGAGUUGAUGUCAUUAAUCGCCUAAGAGAAAUGACACCGGCUGGAACGACAGGUGCGUGUAGAAUUUCUCUUACUCUUGACUCUUGGAAAACAACUGCGUUCAAAUGCAUCUUCAGGCUUCCCUGCUGUAUCGAUUAUAGGUUUUGUUUUGAUCUCACCUUCAAGAUAAGUGUGAAGUCUUGCAGGUUUCUUCAGUCACUUAUACUGGGCGGUGUGUGUAUCUGUCUAUAUACUUUCAAACUAUGGAUAGGUUGAAAUGUUUAUGUUUAUUAAUUUAUUUCUAGGUCCUUUGUUAUGUGAAAAUCUUGAUGUGCGAGGAAUUCCUAUCUCCUUGGGAAGAAAGCUCACCAUCGCCUUAUGUGGUAUGAUUGAAAAAGCUUCACAAGUCUCAGUAGUAGUAUUUCCAUCGUGUCUGUUGUUUCUAGGAACUUUUAGCCACUCUACAUGCACCUUAUAAAAAAAAACAUUGCUCUUUUCGCACAAUGCUUGCUUAAUAUUAACGAAGUACUGAGCCAUUGGGUAAAUCAGAAUUUGGGUAAAAGGCAAUUAAGGCGAUAUCCAAUGAUAUCAAUUUACACCACUGCUGUAAUAAAUGACGAAAAGUGAUUGUCUGCAAAAUCAUGGUGUCCUGGAUUUUUUUCCCAGCACAGAAAGGGGACAACUUCUAAAGUAUGUUCACACGCAUUUUAGGAUAGACCGCGAAGGCUCGUCUUGACUUUCUUUCCUCAGAGCCACGCGCAACGACUGGAAGAGUCAAAUGAUGCAAAUUAAUCCUAAAAAAGGAGAAGAGAUUGGGCCGCCGAUAGAGAAAAAGAUUUAGAGUAACUUUCCUUUUAUUUCCCCUUUUCUUAUGUUACAGGAGACGAGUGGAAGAUUGUUGCUGAGAAACUGGGUUUAACUGCACCAGAAAUUCGUUUUCUCGAUGAACGCACACUGAACCCAGCUGAUGCUUUGAUUGGUUACAUCGCAAAUCAGCGUUACCUGUCUGUAGGGGAACUUUAUGACGUUUUAUGCGACUGUGGCCUAUCUGUAUUAGCCGAUCUAUUGUAACAAAAAUAGGACGUGUCCAAAAUGUUUCUCUUCAUUAAG